AUGUCGAACAAGGAAGAACCCACCUUCAGAAUCCAGCCUCACCCAGCCAAGGAGAAGGACAACAAUCCCCAGCCCGGGCCUGACCUGAGCAACAGACCGGGGUUCGAGGCAUACAAGGCUGGUGGGCCACAAGUCCUUUCAGAUGAGCAGCUAUCGAAGCUUGAGAAACCACUUAGUCGUGAGGAGCUCAGGAAGCGGGCAGAAGAAUUGAACAAAUAG